AAGAGCGUCUGUCGCUGUCAUUGACGAAAUUUCCUGGUGUGAAGUGAGUCUCGCUGGAUAUCAACAACAGAUUGAAACGAACCCCAAAUGAUGGUGUUCCGUUUGCAUGCGAUUCUAAUCUGCAGUAACGCUGGAAAUAACAUCUGACAGCUCAGGGAAUCGCAUCGGUAGAUCAAUGUGUCCGCUUGGGCAUUUUACGCAGGGUUUCUCAUCGAGCUGGUAGCAGGUGGCGACGACGGAGCGGGGCGAAGCUCGAAUAUUCAUGCCUUCCUGUUAAUGAAACUUAAUUACGAAUUCCGUGCAAGGGUUGCCACCCGCCAUGUUAAGAUAAAGACACAGGUCUCUGUGUUGAACAUGCUAAAGCGAUUGGAUAAGAUAAGGUUCAGAGGACCGAAGCGAGAUGAGUUCCUGGACCUUGCAGAGUCCCCCAACGCAUCUGACAGCGAAUGUAAUGACGACGUCCCAGUAAAACACCGGAGCUCCAUCAAAGAAACAGAAGAGCAGCGAGACCCUGCUGGUUCAGGGACUCCCACCAUGUCUGCUGCUCCCAUCCAAGACUACAAGAUGAGUGAUGCCGACCGACUCAAUGAGGUCAAAGGUCACCUGGAGAUAGCCUUACUGGAAAAGCACUUUCUUCAGGAGGAGUUGAAGAAGCUCAGAGAUGAGACAAAUGUCGAGACUCUGAAGCAGGAGUUGGAGAAAGAGAAAUCGAAAAGAGUCGAUCUUGAGCAGAAAAUGAAUGAAAUUCUCAGAUCCAGACUAGAAGAUUCACCACCACCUCCACCUCCAAAACCACAAGUCACUUCUGUCAAUGGAACAGGGGACAAACAGAAGGAAACCUUAACCUCUCGACUGUGGAAAUGGCUCUAUGAGCGCUUUGGUGUUUAUAUAGAAGAUUUCCGCUUUCAGCCCGAGGAAAAUACAGUCGAGACUGAGGAACCACUAAGUGCUAAAAGAUUAACUGAAAAUAUGAGACGACUCAAACGAGGUGCUAAGCCUGUAACUAACUUCAUGAGGAACCUUUCUGCCUUAUCCAGCUGGCACUCUGUCUACACGUCAGCCAUCGCCUUUAUUAUCUAUAUGAAUGCUGCCUGGCAUGGCUGGGUUAUUCCCAUGUUUCUAUUUUUAGCCAUUCUCCGGUUGUCCUUGAAUUACCUCAUAGCAAAAGGUUGGAGGAUACAGUGGAGCAUUGUGCCUGAGGUCUCCGAACCAGUGGAACCUCCAAAGGAAGAUCUUACAGUCUCAGAGAAGUUUCAGUUAGUGUUGGAUGUUGCACAGAAAGCACAGAAUCUAUUUGGAAAGAUGGCAGACGUAUUGGAAAAGAUUAAAAACCUGUUCAUGUGGGUGCAGCCUGAAAUUACACAGAAACUGUAUGUUGGUUUGUGGGUGGCCUUCAUCGCUUCCUGUUUGCUGCCAUAUAAACUCAUGGGCUUCAUGAUUGGUGUCUAUGCUGGCAUCAAAUUCUUCAUCAUCGACUUCAUCUUCAAAAGCUGCCCCAAACUGAGGGACAAGUAUGACACACCCUACAUUGUAUGGACCAAUUUACCCACAGACCCACAACUGAAAGAGCGUAACAAUGCCACUCUGAGCAGACGGCUGUCUGGGUUUGAAAAGCAGAUCCAGCCGGUGGUUGCACGCGGUAAUCAGUCGGCCGGGAUGUCAUGCGGGAUUGGCCGUGAGGAGGAAAGCGGACGGGCCUACAACACCAAAAGAGGUCCUUUUCAUGAAGUCUUCAACUUGUCAGAGAAUGAGCGCCCCCUGUCAGUGUGCGAGAACGGAUGGCGGUGUUGCUUGAUUAACAGGGACAGAAAAAUGCCAACUGACUACAUCCGCAAUGGUGUCCUCUACGUCACAGAAAAUUACCUGUGUUUCGAGAGCUCCAGCUCCCGGGCGACGUCCUCUAAGAAAAAUAAAGUCAUCAAGCUCCAAGACAUCACAGAUAUUCAGAAGUACAAAGUGUUGUCAGUAUUGCCUGGAUCUGGGAUGGGGAUCUCAAUUACAACGCCAUCCACUUUAAAGCCUCUGGUGUUUGGUGCCAUGAUUCAUCGGGACGAGGCCUUUGAUGCCAUUCACACUCAGUACAUGAAGAUCGUGAAUUCCACAGCAGCUACGACAGUGACAAACCCAGAGACAUAGUCUCACCUGGAUCAACAUAUGACAUAAGGUAGUCCAUAAGGCAGCCCUAACCUUAAUGUAGCACUAUCCGAAACCCCUAUACGGAGACAGUGGCUUCCAGAAGUUGUCCGCCCUAUCUCCAACCCAAAACGAUGGAGAAACUGCAACGAAACUGUUUUUCAUAUUCUCUUUUAGAUUCUACACGAGUAUUAGGAGGAGUAUUUUAUAUAAUGUUCUCUCAAACAGUGUACUAUAAUCUUACACAAGUGUUUAUCAGGAUGGGUCUUGUUUUAUAAGGUUAGGGGUUCGUUGUGCUUCUUACUUGUGUGUCAGAACAGGAGCUGGUACUCCUUUGUGUCUCUUGGAGGGCUUUGUGUGAUCCUUGUGUAGUCAGACCAUAUAACCGUCUCUGAACUUACCGCCAUUUUCACUUAAUUGCAUCACCGCUGGCCUUGCACAAAGAAACACUGCACUUAGUGUUGCUGAGAGCUUUUAGAUGUGAUUUAGGGGGAAAAUGAACAGACUUAACCGUCAACUGAAAUCCAUAUUCGCAAAGCAGCUCGUAACUGCCGGCCACAUUGUUCCUUGGGGCGCGCCAAUUUUCUCUUCAGUAUUUGUGAUACUUGUGUUAACUAGAAACAACCUCAUAUUUUGAAGGAGUCGUGUGCAUAAAAAUAACAAUUUCGCUGUUUACUCUCCCUCAUGUUGUUUUAAACUCGUAAAACACAAAAGGAAAUAUUUAGGCAGAAUGUCCAAGCUGUUCUUUUCCUUACAAUGGAAGUCAAUUGUUUAGGGGAUAGUUUACCCAGAAAUGAAAAUACUUUUACCAUUUACUCACACUCAUGUUGUUCCAAACCAGACUUUUUUCCUUCUGUGGGAUGCAAAAGAAAAUGUGUUUAAAGGGGUCAUCGGAUGUAAAAUUCACUUUACAAGUUGUUUGAACAUAAAUGUGUGUUGGAAGUGUGUACACAUCCAUCCUAUAAUUAUAAAAAUCCACCCUGUGUCUUUUCUUUUUUUUUAAAUCCCUAUUUUAAAAUCCCCUUUCUCAAAUCAGGCUGUUCUGAGAUUCCUGUCAGAAUGACGUAAUUCUGCACAGGCCACUCCCACGAUAGUUGAUUGACAAAACCGUCUUACCUUAGACCCGCCCUGAAUGAGCUGUGAACCAGUGUUGCCAAGUCUGCGGUUUUCCCACGAAAUUGGGCUACUUUAACACUGUUGCCGGGGGUUGUUUUUCAUGUCCGCGGGUUGAACCGACCCCGAUUAUGUGAUAUUUAGCCCCUGGAAUGGGCUAAGAAUUUUAAAAAUUUAACUGGGGAACCCCCCCUUGAAACGAGAUUGGGCUAGUUUUGAGUAGUAAUUGGGUGGGUUUUGUUGCGAAAACCUGGCAACCCUGCUGUGAACUGUCUGCCAUUGAGCCGACUCCGGUGCAGGGGAAGAUGAGAUGUCUGCGAUUGAGGCAUAUUGUUGUUGGAUGUAAUAAUGAAUAUAGCAGUUGUCAGUUACUCCCGACAUCUGAGCCGCUGAAGACGCAGAGGAUUAACAUUACUUUUAUUUUUAAUGUGCCGAUCCCUGAUCUGCCUAAAUGUGUCUAUGUUCGCAUGAAUCAUUCAUGAUCCAGCUUCAUCUACAGAAGAAGUGAGUAUAAGGGUUUUUUUAGUGAAUCUUUGCAAAUCUCCUUUCCUAAUAAUGUGCAAGUUAGCCAGUUUCGCGGUUAAAGUAAACAGUACUGCUCGUCACCCCAUGGAAGAGAGGGGCGGGGCGAGCAUAGCUCAUUAGCAUUUAAAGCAACAUGGACUAAAAAGCGGCUUGAUGAAAACAGAGCUGAUUUUGACAGGGUAAAAAAGUUUUUUUUUUUACACUAACAUUGAGAAAUUUGAACUGAAGUAUGUUAUUGACCUUUCAUUAAGACCCUAAAGAAUCAUAUCAACUUGUGCAAAAUGGGCAUCUGACGACCCCUUUAAGAAUUUUGAACAGUUUUUGUCCAUUCAAUGAAAGUCAAUGGGGUUCAAAUCGUUUGUAUUCUGCAGAGGAAUGUCAUUCUGAAUGUUCAUUUAAGAAACUCGUACUGGUUUGGAAUAACAUCAGAGUGCAUAAAUAAUGACAGAAUUGUCAUUUAAUAAUUUUUUUAACUUAAAGCACAAAAAUAUCACCAGGUUUACCCAUAAAGCUAAUGUGCACCAAUAAAGGACUGUUCAAACUAAACUGGAAUUAGUUGGUUUUGGUAACAUUCUCAUUCCUCAUCAUUGAGCCCUGAGGUUAUUGAAGUAUUUAAUGCCUUUUUGAAUAUGUUGGCACUGGUUUAGAGAAAUGUCUUCGUUUACUAAUAUUGUAACCCAAAAUAAGAUGUAAUUACUUAAGAACCACAGACUAAUUUCUGUAAUGGAUGUAGUAUGGUAUGAUUUUUUUUUUUCUAAAAGUAUGCGUAGGGGAACUCCAAAAUUAACAUGCUACAUAAAAGUUCUACUUCCAAAUACACGGUUUUACUCAUUUAUGCAUAACAUUUUUAUUUUGUAACUUUUGACUAUGCAGCCUUCAAAAGCUCCUUUUGGAAUAAAAAGCAGGGCUUUUCUUUCUUAAGAGAGUAGAGUCGUAUAGUACGUCGUCAUUUUUUGGCUUAUUGGUCCCCAACACUUUUCUUGGUUUUCUAAUUUUUAUGCAUUUCAAAAUGUGCUGUGCUAAAUUGCACUGUUGCUAUUUUUUUAUUUGGUCUAUCCGUUUUUAAGCCUUGUUUCUCACCUGCCUUAUUCUGCCUUAUUUUAUUUUGUUCUUUAGAGCAAUUUGACACUUUAAAAAAAAAUAAUAAUAAUAAUUUUGAGUCAGUAUUGUGUCUGUUGGGGUUAGACUCUGGACUCCUUGGAUGCUGUUUAUGAAAUGGCACUUUUGGGCUUUCUAAAUAUAUAGCCACUUAAAUAGUGGAAGACCGUUUAGUUAGAAUAAAUAUGAUGCUAAUAUUGUCUGUGCAGAAGUAUGUAUUUGUGAAACAUAAAUGGUGCACCUUGGUUUAUCAAUUUCACCUUUUAACAUUGAAUUCUAAAAAACAAAUUCCAUUUAAUUAUUGAAUCCUAAAGUGGAAGAACUGACCACCAAUGAUUGUCAUUUGCCAAAUAAAUGUGUUGUUUUGUUGUUUGCGCUCUGUUUCUGCCCCAGAACAGUUCUGUUUACAGACAUUUGUGUUCCACAAAAGGCUAUUUUGAUCCCUGGACCAAUGGGGGCAUGAAAAUUAGCCUUUUUUGACUGUGGUGAUUGUUGAAGAAGCUAAAAAUUUAUGGAUUUUAAAUGCCUUGUUGAAAGAUUUUAUUCUUCUAUUUUGCAUAACACAUUCUUCAUCCAGCUUUAAGGAUAUUAUUAUUGUUCCCUGGAAGUUGUUGGCUAUAGCAUGGAGGGGUGGUGUUGUAUUAUUUCACUCAGUGUAUUUCCCUAUUCAAGUCGGUUUACGUUUCAGUCAAUUAUCUGUUUAGUUGGAUGUAACGCACGGUUGUCACAAUCGCAUUUGGUACGGCCACCCAACGACUGGGUUUAAUAAACUUUGCAGAGGAACAACCACCCUAAAUUGGAGUCCAAUUACUCCGAGUGAAUCUCAUGUGCUGAAUGUGACUGGAUGUUUGUUUAUCGAACAUUUGUAUUUACACUGGAUGUACAUGUCUGGUAAAAUCUCUUCUGCUUUCCUCUGAAUAGUCUUCAUUCGAGAAGAAAUAAACUCUUGAGUUCUUUGUAACCUUUA